AUGGCCUCAAUACGCAACGCCCUCGUCGUCGUCGCCUGCGCAGCUUUCGCCUCGGCAGCACGUCUGACAGUCUCGAUCCCUCCCUCCCAACUCCUCCCAAAUCCAUCCACAUUACCCUCUUCAAGCCAUGCCAUCCUUCUCGGCCCACCUGGAGUCCUGUACGACGUGCCCCUGCGACGAGACAACACGUUCCUCUUCUCCGAUCUACCCGAUGCCAGCUACCUACUCACCAUCCACUCUCGAGAUUACUUCUUCCCUCCACUACGCGUAGACGUCGCACCGUAUGCAGGAGAGGGUGGCUCGCAGAAUAUCAGCGCCUGGGCGACAUUUCGAGGAAAUGAAUGGGAUAAUAAGGGUCAGCCGUUUGGAACAGGGAGAGAUGAGUUGAGGAUUGAAGUGCGAGCGGGAGCGGAGAAGCAAUAUUAUCAAGAACGAGGUGGAUUUAGUAUUUUGAGUUUCUUGAAGAGUCCGAUGAUUCUGAUGGGUUUGGCGUCGGUGGUUUUGAUCUUUGGAAUGCCCUACUUGAUGGACAAUAUGGAUCCGGAAACCAGAGAGGAAUUCGAAGAAAUCAGCAAAAAGAGCCCUUUGACGGGCAGUGCAGGCGCGGCAGUACAGAUGCAGAACUUCGAUCUUGCAGGAUUUUUGGCCGGGACGACAAAAUCUUCAGAGGACGCACAGGCAGGUGGAAAGAAGAAGUAA